ACAUCACUCAAACCAGACUUCCAGAAAGCUCUCUAAUGGCGCUUGUCCCCCGCACCUACACAGGCCAACGCCAACGCCAACGCCAACUGAGUAACAUCUUUGACGACUUCGAUCACCAACUAAGCAACUUCUUUGAUUGCGGACUGAACAGCUUCUUCGAUCACUUCUCUUGCGACCUCUGGAAUUGGAAUUCUCCAUUCCUUGAAUUCCCCUUUCCCGUCACCAAUGCCUUCUCUUCCUUCCCUCCCUGUGAUUGGAGUGAAACCCCAGAAGCCCACAUCUUCAUAGCCGAUGUUCCUGGGCUUAGAAGUGAAGAAAUGAAGGUUGAAGUUGAAGAUGACAGACUUCUCAAGAUUAGUGACCAGAGAAACAAGGAUGUGGAAGAAUCAGGUGAUGGAUGGUAUCGUGCUGUGCGUAGCUCUGGCAGGUUUGUUCAGCGGUUCCCGUUGCCUGAGAAUUCUAAUGUAGAUCAGGUUAGGGCAUCUAUUGAAGAUGGGAUUCUUACUGUUACCAUUCCAAAGGGAGAUGUUAGGAGACCUGACGUGAGAGCCAUUGAAUUUUCUGAAUGAAGUUUGA